UAUAUAUAGCAAAUGAAAGUAAAAGUGUGUUAUGACCGGGGUGGAUCCCAUCCGGAUGUUUAGUUAAAUGUGUGGAAAGUUUUCCUCUCCGCCGUGGACACAUCGCGCUCUGCUGCUCGGGUACAGGAAGUUUGCUAUCUUGAAGAAAACUUCUUGCUGUUCUUCUUCGACUAAUAAUUCUCUUUGAUCUCAAACAUAAAGAUGGGCACAUUUGAAGACGAUUGUAUAAUAACUCAGGAGGACCUGGAGGGACUUAGGGAAUCCAUAUCUAAUCAGGAUCUUCCAUCAGCGAUAAACACAAUCAAAGAUUACCUGAAACAACAAGAUCUUGUGGAGCUUAAUGUUGGUGUGACAGGAGAGUCUGGAUCUGGAAAGUCCACCUUUGUCAAUGCUUUUAGGGGCUUAGGGGAUGAAGAUGAGGGUGCCGCCGCUACUGGUGUAGUGGAGACCACCAUGGAUCCCGAAGUUUUCCUUCACCCAAAAUACAAAAAUGUAAAAGUGUGGGAUCUUCCUGGAAUAGGAACACCAAACUUUAAAGCCAGCGAGUACCUUCGACGGGUUCAGUUUGAACGCUAUGAUUUUUUUAUCAUCAUUGCUUCAGAUCGAUUCAAAGAAUGUCACACCCAGCUGGCCAAAGAGAUCAUGGGAAUGGGGAAGAAGUUUUACUUUGUUCGGUCCAAGAUUGAUUGUAGCAUUACUGCUGAAAAGAGGAAAAAGAACUUUGACCUGAAAAAGACACUGGAUACCAUCCGAGAGGAUUGUAAAAAUGGGCUAAAAAAGAUCGGCAUUGAGGUUCCUGUUGUCUUCUUGAUGUCUGGUUGGGAGAUGGGCAAGUAUGAUUUAAAUCUGCUGCAGGAGAGGAUGGAGAAAGAGCUUCCACAGCAUAAGAGACACGUGCUGAUGUUGGCUUUACCAAAUAUCACACUGGAGAUUAAUGAGAGAAAGAAGAAAGCUCUGGAGGAAAACAUUCCCAGAGUAGCCUUACUAUCUGCUUGUGUGGCCGCGAUUCCUCUGCCUGGGCUUUCAAUUGCAGCAGAUGUAGCCAUCAUAGCAGAUGAGUUAAGAAAAUACUACAGUGCCUUCGGUCUGGAUGAUCCAUCCCUGCAGAAGCUCUGUGAAAGAUCUGGGAAGACUGUAGAGGAGCUGAAGAGUCUGAUGAAGUCACCUCUACAUAAUGGAAUAAAUACAAGUUCAGUAUUAACCUUGCUGGGUGCUGCAUCUCUUCUUAUAUCAGAAGAUGCUGUGGAGUUUUUUUGUAGCCUCAUACCCAUUGUAGGCUCUGUUGUGGCAGGGGGACUGUCUUAUUUGACUGUCUCAAAUAUGCUAAAAAGAGCUCUGAAUGAUAUAGCAGAAGAUGCCAGAAAGGUGCUAAUGGCUGCUUUGGAGUCUGAGGUGUAAACACAUUUGAAUUAGACAGCUUUACAUAAAUAUCAACAUCAGAUAAAAUAUAAUAAUAUAAAUGAAUUGAUUUUAAUAAAGGUUUGCACUGUUUACACUCUCAAUUAGUAGAAAAAAAUACAUAUUUUUAUAGCAAUGAUUGUUUAUAACAGUUUCAGUAACAAUUCAAACAAAAUAAUUUUCUUACUACUAAUACUAUUUGUAUGCUAAUAUAGUGAGUCACAAGUUGAACAUUAACAUUGAAGAGAACCACCAAAUGUAUGUAUAACACAGUAUAUAUGUAGGCUUGAUAAUCACAUCCCUUUUUGGGAAUUCCUCAUAAAUCUAGUUAGAUAUCUACUGUAUAUGCCUUCAUGGACCAUGAAAUGUUAUUUCUAAAUCGUUGUAUGUAAUCAUCAAUGUAAGACCAGCAAUAUUGUUUUGCACACCAAUAGAGAAAUGUUGCUAAACGUGAGCAUUUGUGCAGAAUGAUGUGUAUAUCUGUUAUAAGUUUACACCUUGACAUAUAUUUAAAUCAUGCCUUUUAUUAUAAUAAAAAUUAUAUUACACA